UUCUCCAACGACCACCAAAAAACAAUUCCACACAAAAAAAACCCAAAUUUCCGUUGAAGGGUCGCCAUUCCUGACUGACUCUGCUCUAAUCACAAUAAAAAAAAAACGAGAGAUCUGAGCCAUUUCUCAAAAUCCUCAGAUCUAAAAUCCAACCAUGUCCAGACUCCUCUCCUCCUCCUUGUUCCUCCUCACUCUCUUCGCCGCCUUCUCUCUCUCCUCCGCCGAGAUCCGCACCUCGUCGGUCCGCGACGACUGGCGUCCGAUCAUCCCCUUCGACGAAUUCGGCUUCACACACAAAGGCCGCCUCGAGCUCAGCGUCUCCAAGAUCGCCCUCUCCCAGCAACCCGGCCCGGAUCCGGAUCUCUCCCGGGUCGGCUUCUUCCUCUGCACCCUGGACUCAUGGAUCCACGUGUUCCAGCAGCUCGAGGAGGGCAAGAUCGGCUGCGCCCUCCGCUCCAAUCUCGUCAAGCCCGUCUACACCUUCGACCAGCUCAAAGGCGGCGACAGCUUCUCCACCGUGUUCUCCGAGACCGACGCCUAUCAGUACACGCUUCUCUUCGCCAACUGCCUCCAGCCGCUUAGGGUUUCGAUGGAGGUCAAGUCCGUGAUGUACAAUCUCGAAGGGCAGAACGGCGAUCGCCGGGAUUAUCUCUCCGCCGGUAAAACUAUUCUCCCGAGAAUCUACUUCGUUUUCUCUCUGGCCUAUAUUCUUCUCGUCGGGCUCUGGAUUUUCGUGCUCUACAAGAAACGACUCACCGUGUUCCGGAUUCAUUUCUUCAUGCUCGCCGUGCUGGUCCUCAAGACUCUGAACUUGCUCUGUGAGGCUGAGGACAAGUCGUAUAUCAAACGCACCGGUUCGGCUCACGGCUGGGAUGUGUUGUUCUAUAUCUUCAGCUUCUUGAAGGGAAUUACUUUGUUUACUCUCAUUGUUUUGAUUGGGACCGGGUGGUCGUUCUUGAAGCCAUACUUGGCGGACAAGGAGAAGAAGGUUUUGAUGAUUGUGAUUCCGCUACAGGUGGUUGCCAACAUUGCCCAGGUUGUGAUUGAUGAGACCGGGCCUUUCGGCCACGACUGGGUUACUUGGAAGCAGGUGUUUUUGCUUGUAGAUGUGGUGUGCUGCUGCGCGGUGUUGUUUCCGAUUGUGUGGUCUAUCAAGAACUUGCGUGAGGCUGCAAGGACUGAUGGGAAGGCGGCUGUGAACUUGAUGAAGCUGACUCUGUUCAGGCAGUACUACAUUGUGGUUAUAUGCUACAUUUACUUUACAAGGGUUGUGGUUUAUGCAUUGGAGACUAUUACUUCAUAUCGGUACCUUUGGACCAGUGUGGUGGCUGCCGAGUUGGCUACUCUGGCCUUCUAUGUGUUUACUGGUUACAAGUUCAAGCCAGAGGCUCACAAUCCGUACUUUGUGAUCGAUGAUGAGGAGGAAGAGGCUGCAGCUGAGCAGCUGAAGCUUGAAGAUGAGUUUGAAUUGUGAUUUAGAGUAGACAAGAUGGUGCUGAAGGAUGAGAAGGUAUGUAGUCGUGUAGUUUCACGUGGUGGAACGAUAUAUGAAAACAGAAAGAUAUCAAGUAUAGAGACCCUUAAUAUGUUUUUCUUCAGAUAAGAAAUGACCACUUGGGCAGGGUCAUAAGGUUUUCACAAAUGGAAAUGGGGACUGCGAGUGCUGUAUUUAGAUACUUUAAUGCCAAAUUUCUCUCCCUUAAAUGUGCAAUUGAUAAAUAAUCAAUUGUGAGCGGAUUACUACUAUUAAAAAAAGUUUAUCAAGGUUCCUUGUGUA